UUUAUGUAAAUGUUUAUCAAAGAUGUUUUCAACGUGAGGGACGGUAAUAAGAUAACCAGGAUAUGCGAGCUAGCAACCAAACGAGGGAAUGAAGUUAGGUUGCUCAGCUGUCGUCUCAGUCGCUCCAGAUUGGAUCGUUUGAUUAGUGUCGGCCAAUAUGAAGUUCGUGUGUGCAGCGUGGUUCAUUUUAGCACUGUCUUUCCACGAAGGCGUUGUUGCAGCCGAUGAUGAGUCUGUGGUGAUGUUCAUCAAUGAGAUCAGUCACGCCUUACAGAGUCAAUGGGAAAUCCUCGAGAAAAUCCGCUAUCACACUUUGGUCAACAAGCUUUGGCUCAGACAACUGCUCGCGGAGUUGAACAAAAUAGAAGGAAGAACUCGAGUUAAUCGCCAUAGUUCUCUCAACGGGGAGGAGCUCUUGCCAUCACACGAUUUCCUUCACAGUUUCAGGGAAAUAAUACACGAACUAGAAGAUCUACAGCUAAUGCUUAACACGACAGAUGGUUUGAAUGAAAACGCGUUCAGCAACAGCAACUAUACGGACGCAUUCGGGACCGUACCCAAAAACGCGACCCUUAGUUUUUUCAACGUCGAAACGCCUAACAAUACUUUUAGUGUGGAAAAUAACGGAAACAAAGAGGGCUUUCCUGCCGAAACAACAACUCCUACGCCUGAUAUUGUGACUUCUACCAUCUCCAAUAACGGCGACGCCAUGACGAUGUCCACAGCUACCAUGCCAGAUGUGCCGGCAGUCAUAGCAACGCUAGAGAAACUAAAUCUGCUUUUGAUCGAUCACAUUAUGUCAAUACAAGCUGCUGCAACCACAACUUCGCCCCCCAAAGAUUUCUCCAAGGCCCUGACUUCGCUGAAGAAUAUGUACCGAGAGCACUUUGGCCAGCUCAUCACACCUGACGUUCAUCAAACAACAACGGAACAUCCAACCGUCCACCGGCAACCAGGCGAACUUACCAGGAUUAUUGAGAGUUUAAGAGACUUAGCCAGUUAUCUCAAACCCAGACCCUCCCAGACUUUGGUGACUAACGAGGCAAAUGCCACCACUGCACCCACCUCUCCGGCCACCUGCGAACCGCCCCUUCAGGAGAUCGCCUACCGGAUGUGUAUCUUGGUGGUGAAGGACAAAAGGCUUAACUGGUUCGACGCUGGAGCUUACUGCCGGGCUCACGGAGGACAGUUAGCGCAGGACUCGGUGGUGAUCAAGACUCGGCGAUACCUGAACGAGCUCUAUGGCGAGGAAGGCCUACGUGUGCGCUGGCCCUUCUGGGUGGGUGGACAUGAAGUGACCGAGGAUGGCACAUGGCGAUGGCAGUGGAAGGAUGGCGGCCUCGUCUCCUCCUUCCUGUGGAGUCACAAACAACCUCGGUAUUACUCGAGCAACCUAACUCCAAGGGGAUCGUGCAUGAUGCUCGACGGGUUCCAGGCCUUCUAUGGGGGUUCUCUGCCUUGCCACCUGCGCAGAAGAUUCGUGUGCCAGAUGUGGAAGUGAAGCCCCGAGCUUGUGUGUUAUGUGGGGAUACAAACCUACGAGUGAAUAGAGUGUGCGGGAGAUAGAUAAAUUCAAGAAAAUCUGUGUGGUUAUCUUUUAAGAACUCUUAACUAUUGUAAUCCUGCGGUCUGUCAAAUUGUAAAAGUCCAUAGUUAAAAUAGACAUAUAUAUAUACACACA